UCUCGCGAUACCGGGCGCCGGGCAGGGAGGGAGAUCUGAGCGGCGGCGGCGAGCAGGCGCUGGCGGGCGGCGAGAAGGGCAGAGACCAUGGAAGACUUGGGGGAAAACACCACUGUCCUCUCAACCCUGAGAUCUUUGAACAACUUCAUUUCUCAGCGGGUGGAAGGAGGAUCCGGACUGGAUGUUUCCACUGCCGCCCAAGGCUCUUUGCAGAUGCAGUACCAGCAGAGCAUUCAGCUGGAGGAGCGAGCAGAGCAGAUCCGCUCCAAGUCUCACCUCAUCCAGGUGGAGCGCGAGAAGAUGCAGAUGGAGCUGAGCCACAAGAGGGCCCGUGUGGAGCUGGAGCGGGCAGCUAGCACCAGUGCCAGGAGCUAUGAGCGUGAGGUUGACCGCAACCAGGAGCUCCUCUCCCGCAUUCGGCAGCUCCAGGAGCGGGAGGCCGAGGUGGAGGAGAAGAUGAAGGAACAACAGGAGCGUCACAGGUUGUGUAAGCAGAGUCUGGACGCCACCAGCAAGAAGCUGCGGGAGAAGGAGGACGGCCUGGCCGAAGCCGGAGAGACCAUUAGUGCACUGAAGGGGAGGCUCUCAGAGCUGCAGUGGAACGUGAUGAACCAGGAGAUGCAGGUGAAGCGUCUGGAGUCUGAGAAGCAGGAGCUGAAGGAGCAGCUGGACUUGCAGAACACAAAAUGGCAGGAAGCCAAUCAGAAGAUUCAGGAGCUCCAGACCAACCAAGAAGUGAAGGCAGACCAGGAGUUGAGGAUUAAGGAUUUGGAGCAGAAGCUGUCCCUGCAGGAGCAGGAUGCUGCCAUUGUGAGGAACAUGAAGUCUGAGCUCGUGCGGCUGCCCAAGAUGGAGCGGGAGUUGAAGCAGCUGAGGGAGGAGAACUCCUACCUGCGGGAGACUCACGAGACCAAUGGGCUGCUCCGCGAGGAACUAGAGGGGCUGCAGCGGAGGCUGGGGCGUCAGGAGAAGAUGCAGGAGAAUCUGGUUGACCUGGAGCUGGAGAGGGAGAGACUGCUGGCAAAGCUGCAGAGCUGGGAGAAACUGGACCAGACCACCGGCUUGAGCAUCAGGACGCCGGAAGACCUGUCCAGGUUUGUUGUUGAGCUGCAGCAGAGAGAGCUUGCCCUGAAGGACCGGAACAGCGCCAUCACCAGCAGUGCCCGUGAGCUGGAGAAGGUCCGGCAGCAGCUCCAGGACGAGGUCCGCGAGGUCAGCACCCAGCUGUUGGAGGAGAGGAAGAAGCGGGAGACUCAGGAGGCCCUGGCCCGGAGGCUGCAGAAGCGGGUCCUGCUGCUGACAAAGGAGCGGGAUGGUAUGCGCGCCAUCCUGGGGUCCUAUGACAGCGAGCUGACCCCAGCAGAAUACUCACCCCAGCUGACUCGCCGCAUGCGUGAGGCCGAGGACAUGGUGCAGAAGGUGCACGCCCACAGCUCAGAGAUGGAGGCUCAGCUGUCACAGGCCUUGGAGGACCUGGGAGCACAGAAGCAAAGAGCAGACAUGCUGGAAAUGGAGCUGAAGAUGCUGAAAUCUCAAUCAAGCUCUGCUGAGCCGGGAUUCCUGUUCACUAGGGAGGAAGCAAGCUCACUCAGGCUGAAAAUUGAAGAACUUGAAGGGGAAAGGAGUCGUUUGGAAGAAGAGAAGAAGGUUCUAGAAGCACAGCUUGAGAGGUUCACCCUACAGGGUGACUACGACCGGAGCAGGACCAAGGUGCUGCACCUGAGCAUGAACCCAGCCAGCACGGCGAAGCGGCGCCUCGGUGAGGAGCGGGCGCGGCUGCAGGAGGAGUGCGAGCGGCUGCGGGAUCUGGUGUGUGCCCUGGAGAGAGGCGGUCCCAUGCCCGCCGACCUGGAGGCUGCUGCAGGGCUGUCGUCAUCCAAGGAGGUGGCAGAGCUGAAGAAGCAAGUGGAAAGCGCUGAGCUGAAAAACCAGCGACUUAAGGAGGUCUUCCAGACCAAGAUCCAGGAGUUCCGCAAGGUCUGCUACACACUCACAGGCUACCAGAUCGACAUCACCACAGAGAGCCAGUACCGGCUCACGUCCAUGUAUGCCGAGCACAAGAACGACUGCCUCAUCUUCAAGGCCACAGGACCCUCCGGCGCCAAGAUGCAGCUGCUGGAGACAGAGUUCUCACGUACUGUGCAGGAGCUCAUCGAGCUGCACCUGUUGCACCAGGACAGCAUCCCUGCCUUCCUCAGUGCUCUCACCCUUGACCUCUUCAGCCGCCAGACUGUGACCUAGCCUGAACCACGGACCUGACCAGCAGCCCUCGGCCUCUGCAGGUGGGAGCAGGCCCUGGCAGCAGGUUGUGGAGUUUGUCCCCACAGGUCCCAGCCAUACCUGCACCUCCCACCCUGCCCACUAGCAGCACGCCCAGCCUCUCUGCCCACAUGCUGCCCACUGCCUGGAUGGGGCAGUGCCUUUAUGUGAUUGGGACCCUUGAGCUCCAGAGACCCCUCAACUUCCCGGGCAGCAGCAUCCCAUGCACAGAACCCCUGUGGGCACUCCUCCAGUCAGCAGGGGUUAAGCUGCUCGGGACAUCCUGCCACAAUGUGCCCCUACCCCUGGGCUCCUGUGUUCACUCCUGCCCUGCCAGCAAAGGGCCUCCAGCUCCUCACCCUUCAUCCUGGAAAAUGGGCCGGGUGUCCUGACAGGCAGUACUGUGUGGGGCCUACUCCUGUCCCCUCCCUGAGGUAUCUCUACCCACAAACCAGUCAAGCCCAGUUGUGCCCAGAAGCCUAACCAGAGGGCCUGGGGCUGCCAGCCAAGGUCUCUGGCUCCUUAUGAAAUAAAAGUUCCUCCUCAGCCA